AUUGGUUCAAGUGAUGAGUGUAUUAUACAGAAAGUCAAGUUUUCAGACCAAGAAUUAAACAGUGCAAUCAGAUUAUUGUUGAAAAUCAUUGCAAGUGUGAAUAUUAAUACGCUUCACAGUAUCGAAUCAGAUGAAUCUUAUCGCGACAUGCUUCCUUCUCUGCCUUGCCUGGCGGGGAGAAGGUGCCCGUAUUUUGGGACUUUUUCCUAUCCCUGGAAGAUCUCAUCUCUCGGUAACUUCACCCCUGAUGCAUGCCCUUGCGAAAAAAGGACACGACGUUACAGUGUUUGUGCCGUUUAACACCGGCUUCAACGCGUCGAACUACAAAGAGAUCACAUACGAUUCCAUUCCCUUAUCCAAUCAUGAAGAUAUCUCGACUUAUAUAAAUAUGAACAUCUUCUUGGCACAUAUUUUCCUUUAUCACAUGGGAACCAUGACGACGGAAAUGGCUUUGAAUACUACUGAAGCUCAAGCUCUGAUAAAGUCUGAAGAAAAGUUCGAUAUUAUCAUUUUGGAGCAAUUCUUCAACGAGGCCUUUCUCGCCUAUGUUCAUAAAUUUAAAUGUCCCUUGGUUUUAAUCAGCGCAUUUGGACCUACGGCUACAAUCAAUGGAAUCUUUGGAAAUUCAGCACCAUACAGCUACGUGCCAAGUGAAUUUUUACCACUUGGAGACAGAAUGACGUUUUACGAAAGACUUCUCAACACCGUCGCGAAUUUAUAUUUUGACAUUACCAGAAAAUAUUACUACAUGCCCCAACAACAGGCACUUGCGAAUAAAUAUUUAUCAGACUCCGAGAAGGAGAUUCCGUCAUUAGAAGAAAUUGAGAGCCAAGCGGAUUUCAUUCUAUUGAAUUCUCACCACAUAUUUUCUACCCCACGGCCAUACAUGGAAAAUAUGAAAAACGUCGCCGGAAUGCACUUGAAGUCAUCGAAACCGUUACCUUCUGACUUGCGACAAUACAUAGACUCCUCGGAAAACGGCGUGAUUCUGUUUAGCUUGGGCUCGGCAAUGCAAAGCAUACUUAUGCCAGCCAACACGAUAAAGGUACUAAAGGGAGCUUUCAAAAGACUUCCUUACAACGUUUUGUGGAAAUGGGAAAAUGACACCAUGGAGAACAAGCCAAAAAAUGUUCGGAUAGGAAAAUGGCUUCCGCAGAAUGACAUACUCUCACACCCCAAUCUCAAAGUCUUCGUUACGCACGGCGGGAUAUCGAGUUUAAUGGAAACGGUUUACCAUGAAGUACCCAUUGUUGGUAUACCACUGUUCGGAGAUCAAAAGCGUAACAUCAAGAUUGCAGAGUCGAAAGGAUACGCAGAGUUUGUGGAUUUUCUAACUAUGACAGAAGACCAAGUCUAUAACGCUGUGAUAAAUGUUGCAACAAAUCCAAAAUACCGAGAUAAUGUGAAAAAGGUAUCUGCCUACUGGAAGGGUGAAAUGAAUCAUCCAUUGGAUGCAGCUGUACAUUGGGUAGAAUACGUUCUCAAAAACGGAGGCGCAAAGCUUCUCAAAGCAACUGUAACUGAGCAAAAUUUCAUUCAGUAUUUUUUACUGGAUGUAGGAUGUGCAAUCUUGUUAUUACUGAUCUUGACGUUAUUUUUAAUACACAAGACAUUCGGAUUGUUAUGUAGAAAAUCUACUCCCAAAAAGAUCUCAAAAAAGAAUGACUAGUUUCAGUAUCUAAUA